AUGAGCAUCUCCGCAAGAUUGUCAAUUGCUUGGGAGUCGUCUCCAAAGCCGGACGAAAAGACCUCGACGAUGGUGCUCAGCACGCCGAGCGAGCGUUUUGUCGACGUGCGGCCCUUGUUAACGCCCCGCGGCGACUUCCCCUUCGAAUGGGCCUUCGCUGGCUCUGCGCGGCUUCUGGCCCCUGACGGCUCGCAGAUCGAGUUCUCGCACGAUUUCUUCGACUCAGAGUAUAUCCGCCGCUGGUGCGAGUGCAGGAAACUCGAACUGGCCGGCCAGACCGUGCAAUACCCACUCAAAAGCGACAUCCCUAAAGAUAUCGGCCAUUUCGAGACGUUGCAGGACGGAACUCGCCGCGAAACGGGAGCCAUGCACAACGCAGCGUCGGGCAAAGUGGAGCAGUACGAAGAGAGAUGGGUGACGCUGGAUCCGUGGAAAACGACGCCGCAACACAAGGUGCAGGCCGGGUCGACCGUCGCGGCAGAGUCGCGCCUCUUUGACGUGAAAAAUGGGGGCGAAGGCCGGUUCGUCCGCGUCGGCAACUGGGCACAGGGUGUGUUCUGGAAUAAGGACAACCUCGAUACCCCGAUUUCCGUCCUGAGGGUGUUUUUCGACGGCCAUUGGAACCCUGUGCUACAGCAUGGCGAUUGCUCCAUGUUCCCGGUGGGGGAGAACCCAGCAGUGGGGGCCACUAUUUCCAGAGGCCCUGUUACGUGGGAGGUUUUAGAAUAA